AUGGUGUUGGAGCCUUCACCUCCACAUCCACCUCGAGUAACAACGACAACACCUUCUCUUCCGUCCAGUUUGAAGAAGCCUGUGGCGAGUACUGUCCAGGACAAUAAUGAGGUGCCUAGAAAGAGAAAAUUAGCAUGUCAGAAUUGUCGUCGUCGAAGAAGAAAAUGUAACAUGGAGGAGCCUUGCUCAAACUGCAUCAAGUUCAGUACCGAUUGUGUAUUUACUCAACUAGACUUGAGGAACAAAAGAUACUCCACGACUUAUGUGGAAGCCUUACAGAACCAAAUUCGGACUUUGAAAGAACAGUUACAAAUACUAAAGUCCUCAUCUUCUACAAUUGCUAGCGGCUCCCUAUCCUCAUUGAAUGACGAUGACGAGCGUGCUGUAAUUUCCAAUGGAAAGGAUUUAAAGUACGGCGAAUCACCCUCAUCAGCAUUGCCAUCCUCUGAGAGCAACGAUGAGAAUGAGUCCGAUACGUUUACAAAGAAACUCCCCUCAGAGAGCCCUCCCCCAGUUGGUACAAACAGCAUAUAUCCGUCGAACUCAUUGUCCAUAAUAAAAAAAAAAACGGACGGCAACACAAAAUACCAGCAACAGGUCAGUUUGAAGAAUUUAUCGAGAAGUCCUCUCAUCUUAAGGUCAUUAUCGCUCUUCUUCAAAUGGUUGUACCCCGGUCAUUAUCUUUUCAUACAUAGAGAAACUUUCCUGAGUGCGUUUUUCGGUGAUACAAACACCAAGAGUUAUUAUUGCUCUGAGGAACUAGUAUUUGCUAUUGCGGCGUUGGGAUCCUUGAUCUCAUACAGAUCAGAAACUGAACUUUUCCAACAAUCUGAAGUAUUUUACCACAGAGCCAAGACAAUAGUAUUGAAAAAGAUCUUUCAGCUGGAUGAUUCUUCCUUAGCUGAAUCAUCGUCCUCCUCCAAAUUGGCGAUAAUCCAAACUUUACUAUGUCUAGCGUUCUAUGAUAUUGGAAGCGGGGAAAACCCCAUGGCUUGGUAUCUUUCCGGGCUGGCAUUUAGAAUCGCUCAUGAAAUUGGUUUACAUUUGAAUCCAGAAGCCUGGAGCAAUGUUUACGAAGAUGAAUUAUCAAUAAUGGACUUUGAAGUGAGAAGUAGAAUAUAUUGGGGCUGUUACAUCGCAGAUCAUCUAAUAGCAAUUUUAUUUGGAAGAUCGACCUCCCUGCGUUUGUCCAACUCUACCGUUCCUGAAACGGAUGAGCUACCUGAAAUUGAGACUGGUAUCGAGGAGUAUAUAUAUGACCCAAAAGUCAUAUUGUCCACUGCAAACCCUCUAAAGAAAUUGAUUGUGCUAUCAAGAAUAACUGAAAUUUUCGCAUCCAAGAUUUUCAGUCCCAAAGAAACUUUGCUUCAGAGAAGUGAAUACUUGGCCAAGUUUAAUCUAGAAGUGUACAAUUGGAGACGAGAUUUACCACUUGAAUUGCAAUGGACCAAGAGAUCAUUAAUAGAAAUGGCAGACUUCAAUCCCACCAUUGCUUACGUAUGGUUCCACUACUACAUCGUAUUAAUAUCCUAUAACAAACCUUUCAUAUACGAAAUUAAACAAAGCAGAGAAUUGGUGGAAGGAUACGUCGAUGAGUUAUAUUAUCUUUUAAAAGUUUGGAAAAACAAAUUCAAGACUUUUGAAAAAGCAACAAUUUACAUGAUUUAUUCCGCGAUCUUAGCAAUUCAGUGCAUGAAGUCAAACCUGAUUAAGAAAGAUAGAAAGCAAGACUUCUUAAAUUUUCUAAGUGCACCUACACUAAAUUAUGAACUCGCCAGAAAAUUUAUCGAAAAUUCCGAAGACGCCUUACACAACUCAGAAACAAUGGAUUUACUGGGUACUUUAUCUCAUGGUAAUGAUUUUGCGUUAGAGUAUAAUUUUGACUUCACCUUAUUAAAUGAGAUCGAUAUGCUGAUUGGUGGAGGCACCAAUGAUGUCUUCACAAAGUAG